AGACAAUUUCUCACGUCAACUGUCAAUGCACCUGUCGGCCUCGCAGCGUUAGCGGUCAAAAGAGCCCCGACGUAACGUACAUUUAAACCUAUCACAGCCGUGAUCUUCGCCAGGCUGGAACCAGUCGACCGCGACACGACAUUCAUAUAUAUGCGUUUUGAAUUCCACACCUACCAGUAUCGACCGAUCUGGGACGUCAGAGUCGUACUGCGAAGACAUUUUUAAACCAUCCGUGAUAGGUUUACGACUUCUGUCGAUUCACGUUUGACGGUCGCGUUGUUUAAAAAAAAAAAAAGAGAGAAAAAAAGAUUCCCUUCAUACAUCUUGAUUCUUAACUUUGAUUGUAGAUAAAGAUUUCUGGAUUUUGUUUCGGUUUUACAGCGUCUUGUUGACGAGUGACGAGUUGCCGUUUAUUUGCUUUGUUGGUGAAAAGGAAUCUUUCUUUUGUGAUUUGAUUUCUUGGUUUCGUCGCCGGUGAGAAGCGAUCAAACAGACGGUGUUGGAAGGUUGUUGCCCUGCUGUCACGUCGUCGUCGGAAGCCAUGAUGAAGCGGCUGUGUUUCGUUUUUCUGAUGGUGCCCAGUGUUUGCGGACAUGUUGUACUCACCUACCCACCGGCCAGGAAAUAUCCUUUGGAUUUCUUGGACAAUUCUCGAACGACGGGCCCGUGUGGGAUGCCCAGAGGCUUAGGACCAGAAACAAACCUGGAGGCUGGAUCGAAUAUCACCGUUUCCUGGCACAUAGCAUACCCACACCAGGGCGGCUUCUACUUGCAAGUGAUGGAUCGCUUUGAGAGGGAGGUCAAACGAAUUCCCAAGAAAGGAUACCGUUCGUGGACAGACGCUACGAAGCUGUCGUCAGAUAUCACCCUCCCUCACAAGGAAUGCCACAACUGCACUCUGCGGAUCGUUCGCCAAGCAUGGGAGUGGGGCAAUUGCAUGAACCCAUAUAUCUUCUGGAGCUGUGCGGACAUAAACAUUGUUAAAGCUAUCCCGGCAGCUGAGCAGUGUUCUGGUCAUGGCGAUUACUCUGGUGGAAAGUGUAACUGCGAUAAAUUCUACUCGGGUGACAAAUGUCAGUUCAAAGAUGAUUGCUGGAACCGAGAAGACUGCAACAACCACGGCGAAUGUAUAGAUGUGAAGUCGACGUCGUUCCCACGAUUGCAGUGUUUCUGUGAUCUCGGCUGGUUUGGCAAGAAUUGCAAGAGAGAGUCGACCGUAAAGUCUUCCAAUAUUGACCUGUCUCUGUACCAGCGUAAAUCUCUGUCAGACGCCUACGAUAUGCACUACAGGCUGAUUCCCGAAAUAAAUGAAAUUGAGUUUGUCCUUAAAGUGAAGACAGCUACAUGGGUUGCAUUGGGCUUCAGACCUAGUAAUUUCAAAUCGGGCUGCAAGUUGUUUCCAAAGUUACCCAAAGAAGUAAAACCUACACCAAAACCAGAACCCAUGUCAACACAUGAACCCAUGUCAAAACCAGAACACUCGUCAACACAUGAGCCCAUGUCAAAACCAGAACACUCGUCAACACAUGAACCCAUGUCAAAACCAGAACACUCGUCAACACAUGAGCCCAUGUCAAAACCAGAACACUCGACAACACAUGAGCCCAUGUCAAAACCAGAACACUCGACAACACAUGAGCCCAUGUCAAAACCAGAACACUCGUCAACACCAGAACCCAUGUCAAAACCAAAACACAUGUCAACACCAGAACCCAUGUCAAAACCAAAACACAUGUCAACACCAGAACCCAUGUCAAAACCAAAACACAUGUCAACACAUAAACCUAUGUCAAAACCAGAACACAUGUCAACACCAGAACCAAUGAUGGGGCCACGCCACGAUUCAUACGACCCUUGUGCUAAUCCAAGACCAAAGCCAGGUUCUGCAAAGCCACAUAACACUGCAGAACCAAAAAGUGACGCAGAGCCGAAAACUACUGCAGAACCGAAGACUACUGCAGAGCCAAAGAGUACCGCAGAGCCGAAAACUACUGCAGAGCCAAAGAGUACGGCAGAGCCGAAAACUACUGCAGAACCGAAGUCUACUGCAGAACCGAAGACUACUGCAGAGCCAAAGAGUACCGCAGAGCCGAAAACUACUGCAGAGCCAAAGAGUACGGCAGAACCGAAAACUACCGCAGAACCGAAAACUACGGCAGAACCGAAAACUACCGCAGAACCGAAAACUACAGCAGAACCUAAAACUACUGCAGAACCAGGCAGUGCACCAAAAACUACAGCAGAACCUGGAAGUGCACCAAAAACUACAGCAGAACCUGGGAUGGGUGUACCCCAAGGAGCCCAUAAUGACACAACUGGUGGUUCACUGCGUGCCAUGGACUGCCUGGAUAUUGUGGUGGGGAUGGCGAAAGGGACCAAAAGUCGAGUUGCCGACCACUACACUCGGGAUUUCGCCACACCGCUGGUCGACCACUACUACGGGGGCACAGAAAGUCUUACGGCAGCUCUUGGUUUUGAAGAAAAUGGCGUCACAACAAUCCUCUUCAGGAAGAAGCUUCAAGCAACUGAACGCACUGACUAUUCUUUUAAAAAUGAGAUAAUGCAUGUGGCAUGGGCCCAUGGUCAGGUGUCUGGAAAAUACAGCCACAAUGUGAAUUCUGGACUAGACGCGGGCACGCCGUCCAUUAAAGACUAUUACAAAGAGGACGAGCUGAAGUACCAUGGCAACUUACAGCGAGGCUCCACAUCCAUCAACUUCCUGGAACAAACUCGCCCUGACACUGGGUCUGCGUGUUCUGGUUCCUGGAAGACGUCUGCCACGUGUCCACAGUCAGGCUGCCAGUACGAGGCCGCGUGGGAGUUUAAUCCACAAACUGACGUCAUUUCGUUCACCAUAAAAGCUAGGCUCAAUGGAGAAAAGAGAUGGGUUGCUCUCGGUUUUUCAGACAAUGGUCAGAUGCCUAAGUCUGACAUUUUGCUGGGAUGGGCUACGGCUGAUGGCUCCACCUACGUAUCGGACAUGUGGGUAUCUGGACGAUCAAGACCAUCAGCAGAUUAUAACCAGAACCUCAUAUCAUCGUCUGCAAAACUUGAAAAUGGUGUCACGGAAAUAAAGUUCUCGCGCCUCCGAAACACGAAUGACGACAAAGAUUUCCUCUUCACAGACACCAAGUGUGCCUACCUGCUUUUCGGUCUGGGUGGAGGCUUUGAUGAUUCCACCAAGCAGGUUUCUUACCAUGACCAAGAAACGCCGGCUGUGUCCCGGACACCAAUAUGUUUUCGUUCCACUUGCGCUACUGACAAUAUACAAGUGACAACAACUGUAAAACCACCCGCUCGACGCGUCCAGUUAAAGGUACCGGCGACUAUCAAGAUUAAGGAGACGUUUGAUUCAGAUCUUAAAGACAAGACAUCUGACGCGUUCAGGAAUUUGCAAUUUGCAGUGGAAAGCGGCGUGGCACCAUCUUUGUCUACACAUCUUAAACACUUUUUACGUGUUGAGGUCACUGGAUUUAGACAAGGCAGCAUUUUGGUUGAUAUGAACAUCUACGCAGACGUUGAGAGGGUUGAUGAUGCCAGCAAGGCAGAAUUGAAAGACCAGGUCAAAGUAGCUCUAUCUGGAGCCGUGGCUUCAGGAACUAUGUUCGGACAUUCUGUAGAUAGCGAGGUCUCGGUAUCUGAACCCCUCAAAGCUGACGUACACGAGAAACCAACCCCCCACGGGACAGGACUGACGCUGGUGGAGGAAAUCAUCAUUGGAAUCAGUGUCGCCAUGUGUGUGGUCGGAAUCAUUGUUCUCGUCUGUAAAGUCUAUCAAAUGAGGCAGGAAAAAGCUGGAAAGAAAAUGAGACACAGAAAGUUUGAGAACAGCAGCAGCAGCAACUCAAAUACCCCACCCAGGAAGGGCAGCCCCUACAACAGCAUCAGCAGCUCUAAGACCAUGACCUACAACGAGUUUCUCACUAAUGUAGCUACUGAGAAACCUCUCAAAUCAAAUGUAGAGAAAUAUGCAGAGAACACGCAUGCGCAGUACAACGUGUAUGUGCCUUGAAUCUCCAAACCAUAGCAGAGAUGUUAAGAGGAAAGAGGUUUUUUUAACCACUAUAAAGUGUUGCCGAAUAAUUAAAGCAUAUAGUUUGAAAGUUGGAAUUAACUCUUUGUCUUUUUUGACAGUUCAAAUUGCCUAUAACGUAUUUUUGGACAGUUGAAAGUUACACAUUUUAUAUUAGUUGAAAUUUCUUGGAAGCGCUGGCCGUAGUUGUGAACCACUGUAACGUAUUUUCAACUAACAGUAUUUUGUAAUGUUGAAAGUACACAUUACUUUAAAACAAAGUUUUACCAGUGUUAUAUUUUCAGUUAACAUGGUAAACUGGACAUUUGAAAUUACCGUACAUAUAUACUACAAAAUAGUACAUUGUACAUUUGGCCUAUUUAAAUAAUUUUAAAGUGCUGGUCACAUUUGAAAUUCUUAAAGGUGUUGGUCGCAGUUAUAAUGUGUGAUCAACGGAGUAUUUUCUAAUAUUGUGAAAUGCACGUUGUAUAUAUACUCUUAGAUUACUUAAAAUGCUUAAAGGCAAUGCUUUCGAAUUCGUUGUUAACCACUGUAACAUGUAAUGUAGAGUUUUGCAUAUUAGGAACUGCACGAGGGAAUGGUCUUGUUUUUCUUAAUCACUGUUGUAUUUUUUCAAUACAAAUGACAUAUUACUUAAUGGGUUUUUUUUAAAGGUGCUGAAAGUUAACAUGACGUGUGAUUUACAAGCAGACAGUUUGUAAAUGAAUGUGUUUGCAACCAUGUUUAUAGUACCGGUACACAGACGUUCUUAUGUUGGUUAUAUGCAUGCCAAAUGUUAGCAUAUCAACUAUUUACAAUUUUAACAUUGAUGUGGAGGGCUUUUAAUAUAUAUGCAUGCACAUGCAGAUUGCUUUAUAAUGGUGAAUACUUAAAUGUAAAACCGUGUCGACAUUCAUAUUUCUCCUGUAUAUAUAAUGUGUCGUAAAAUAAUGUUUGUAGUAAUUGCAAACUCAUUUUUUUUUAAUUAUAUUUAUUAUAAUGCAGACCUGGGCCUAGUUUUACAAAACGUCGUAAGUCUAGUUUUGCACGUAAUCGUAAAUCUACGACUAAACCACAAUUCUUAUUACUAUUAUAGUUCAACAAAUAUAGUUGGAAGUACACAUAUUUCAUUUUCUUUUGUCUUUAAAAUAUUCCAGCUUCCGUAAUGAUGUAAUUUUCUGCGUAAAAUGUAUGCCAAACAGGUGUAAACGCACGACCGGUAUAACUGCUAGUAGCAGACGUAAACUUACGAUGUUUAGUGAAUGGGCCCCCGCGUAACACAUAUGGUACAUUAGCCCUGUUGUUGGGGGAAGGGGGUUGUUUUGUUUUGUGUGGGUUGUUUUGUUUUUUGCGGGGGGGGGGGGGGGGGUUUUUGAUGUAUUUUGGGGGGGUUGGGGGUUUCUCACUUAAUGCUUUCUCCCUUGUGGUAAUUUUUAUUUGUGUGUUUUUUUGUCAUAAAUGUACCUGAACAAAUAUACGUAUAUGUAUACAUGUAUAUGUAUUUUCGAAAUAUUGUGUACUUCUGUGUCUAAACUGAAUCUCAUACAAACGUUUAAUAUUUAUUAUAUUAUCACAAACAUGUAAAUUGUUUUACAUAUUUUAUUGAAUUACAAAAUGUUCACGUAUACAUAUUUUAAUACAGCUUCUAAUUUUAAUUUUAAGUGAGCAAGACAAGUCAUUGAAUAUUUAUGACCGAACGAGGCAAGUCAUUCAAUAUUCAUGAGGAAGCAUGCGGGACGUGCACAUACUUCUUACAUUGAAGUUAUUAAAAAACUUUUUAAUAUAGAUUUUAUUCAUAUUUUUCCCCGUUAGUGGCUUAUGAAAAACAAAUUCAAUAUAUUUUUGUAUUUUCUUAGGUUAUCCGUUUUCUGCUCUACACGUUUAUAUCAUUAACACAAUAUGUAUGUUUUGAAAUCCAUUUCAAAUGUAUGUCUCUGGCAAAUAUGUAACCCAGAUCGUCCAGGCGUCACAAUAAAUACUCGUAUAUUA